AUGGCUUCUACCACACCACAACAAGAUAAAAAACAACCCGAGAUCCUCAAUUGGGCUUCUAAAGAUGGCGAGUUCCGUCGUCAACAAUCAUCAUUUCGCGACCAAAUCGUUGACGAGCCAGGUGCCAAGUUUGCUCCAGAACCUAACCGAUAUCACUUGUACGUGUCGCUGGCUUGUCCAUGGGCCCAUCGUACACUCAUUGUUCGUGAAUUAAAGGGGCUUCAAGAUCUUAUCAGCGUGUCUGUGGUGGAUUAUCUGUUCCUUGACAAGGGAUGGAAAUUCUCCACGUCUGAAGAAUGCCCUGGUGCUAUUCCAGACACUGUCAAUAAUGCAGCCUACAUGCGCGAUCUCUACUUUAAGGUCGAGCCCAACUACUCUGGUCGGUUCACAGUACCAGUCCUUUGGGAUAAGAAGCUUAACACUCUCGUAAACAACGAGAGCUCUGAGAUCAUUCGCAUGCUUAACACGGCUUUUGACAAGCUCUUACCCGACGACAAGAAAAAUAUCAACUAUUAUCCUGAAAACUUGCGUGCCGAGAUCGAUGAGUUGAACGAGUGGGUUUACGACACUGUAAACAAUGGUGUAUACAAAUCUGGAUUUGCAACAUCACAGCAGGCUUAUGAAAACAAUGUACAUCCCCUUUUCAAGUCAUUGGAUCGAAUUGAAGGCAUUUUGUCGAAAUCCGACUUCCUAGUUGCAAACACUUUCACUGAAGCUGAUAUCCGUUUGUUCACAACUAUUGUCAGAUUUGAUCCAGUGUACCAUGGUCACUUCAAGUGCAACGCCAAGUCGAUCGAAAAGGAUUAUCCCCAUAUCCUGAAAUGGACACGUCGCAUCUAUCAGAUGCCCGGAGUUGCUGGUACGGUGAACCUGGAGCAUAUCAAAAAGCACUACUACAUGUCUCAUCGUCAAAUCAACCCUACCCAAGUCGUCCCUAUUGGCAACGGACCCGAUCUUUCCUUGCCCAUCAACUAA